GUGAUGUAGCUCUUUAUUAUGAUUCAAUGACAAGUUUUCUGGGACACCCUGUAUAACUUUUGCACAACACACGAUGGCAGUCAAAAAGAAGAAGCCGAGACAGUUGCCACCAGAAUCUGAUGAUGACAUAUACACCAUCAUGAAAGCUCCGCCUGUGCCCUCAAACUUCCCACGCCCUACCCCUGCUGGUGGUUCUCUGGAUGCAGAUCAUGGUUGAAGAGCUUGCUCAUCUUGGGGGCAGCGAAGUGAGGCAAUCAAUGAGAAAAAUACUUGAGUAUCUCCUGACAGACUAUGUUGCAGCUGAAUUCAGCUGGUUAGGUCAGAAGGGCAAGCGCAAAUUUUGGCAGCUGAAACCUCCACAGCUUAUCAUCCGUGCCGUGAGGAAGAACAUCAGGCUCUCUGCAGCCACUAGGUAUGAAGUGGAGAGCGUGAUCAAGACGUGGCUCCGUAACGCAAAAGAACGCUGCACCAGCAAGCGAGCAGUGACUGACCAUCCACCUUCACAACAGGACUGAGCGCGCCACAAAGGAACCAUACCUGUGAAAGUGCAGUUUUACGUACAUAGCAUUCAUUUCUAGAUUUUAGUUGUAUCAACUUCUGGUUUUAU